AUGUCUGGCCCACCACAGUGGUCAAAGAAAGAAGCUUAUCCUCCACCAGGAAUUCUUCCCACGACCUUGAGCCAAGACAAUGGACCGCAGUUUGCAUCAGCCGAGUUUAGCGUGUUUGCCAAAACGUGGAUGUUUGAACACAAAACAUCAUCAUCCACCUAUGCGCAGUCAAAUGGGAAAGCAGAAAAUGCUGUCCAGACAGUCAAGCGGUUGUUUAAGAAAUGCAAGACGUCCGGGGAUCAGAAUUCCAAGCACUUCUUAACUAGCGCGGUACACCAAUGCAAGACGCUGCUUCCUGUAGCUGUUUAUCUGCUGCAACCUAGCUACCCCACCGACGAGGACACCACGAAGUUGAUCGGCAACAAACAACGCCAGAAGUUCUACUAUAACAAGCACAGGAAGCCCCUGGAGCCUAUCGCUGCCGGCGAUACCGUGCAGAUGAAGCUACCUGGACAGGACGCAUGGACCCCUGGCACGUGUUUGGGCCAGGAGCCAUGUCACCCUACCGACGAAACCGCGGACAGUUAA